GCACCCGGCCGUGACGGACUGUCCCCAUCGUCACCCCUGUGCCUUAAGUCCGAUCGCUUUAUUUUCCUUUGCUCUCGUCGCUUGAUUUCCAUUGGCACGAUAAAUCCGCUCUCCCGUCCCGUGGGGGUUUGGGCAGGUGUUUUAACUGGAGAAAAAAUACCUAAAACGACGAACGUGGUGAAGUUUUACCUUCGUAUCCAGUUCAAGGUGACAUUUCUAGGGCAUGUAUUUUAAUGAAGAGAUCACCGGGGAAAUGCCGCCGCUGUUGUACUCGGCUGGUUUGCUGCUGGGAUGCGUGGUGAGAGCUGGGCAUCGCCGGCCAGGAUGUGUCCCGGUCCCAGCUAACCGGCCCUUCACCGACAGACAGGACUGCCUCUUCCCCGGUGUGAGCGUGGGGCUUGAGGAUCCGAUCCCCGCCACGUCCCCCUCUUUCCAGGCACGGCAGACUAAAGGUGCCAGCCGCAGGAGCGGCGGCAUUUGUACGACACGUUCCACCAGCAGAAAGGAGCCGGCAGCUCACGGUGGAGGGGGGUAAAAAAGCAUCGCCGGUCCCGCUGUGCCCCGGUCCCAUGACUUGCUCUUCCCGGAUCUAUUAUUUGUUGUUUUUAUUGCAGGAAUAGCUUUUUUUAGGGGCUGUUGCGCAAAUACCAUGUGAAGAGAAGGGCUUUGCUCUUUCCAAAGGGGUUGUCUGCUGUCCCGACAUAACUGUGGUUUGUUUUAAUCCUAUGGGACAUGUAGGUUUGAUCCGGCUCUUUCAUAAACGCCAGCACGCAGGUGAUACAAUCUCUCCUCCGUGAAACAGCUCGUGGGCAAAAAACUGCUUUGCCCAAAGCUACAGGGAGUCAUCUGUGCGCUCCUGAAAUCCUGACGCUUCAUUGUCUCCUCUGUGGUUAGAUGGAAGCUCAUGUUCAAUAUACAUUGAUUACCUGAAUGUAUUCAGGCCAUGGAUUCUCCCUAUGCAAACGGAGCCUACAACCCCCCGUAUCCUCCGGCUCCCGGCGCUGCCCCGCACUACACCGGCCUGCCGCAGACACGGGGGUACUACUGCUCCGCGCCUUCUCGGACCCCCUACCCUGCGGAGUCCACCGGCAUGUACCGGCCCUCAUCACCGGCUCCCCCCUGGAGCUACGCCCCGCCGGACUGUCCCACCGAAGGGUCCUCGCUCAGGAGGCAGCAGGUUCCUGGCUACUCCCCACCGCAGACCCCAGGAAUGCCCAUCCCGCAGUAUCCAUACGGAGACAGCAAUCCAGGGGUCACGGCGCAGGGGCCUCCACCACAGCCCAGACCCCCAGAGGACACGUGGGCUCCCCCGACCGUCUACGGGGUGCAGCCACGUUACGCGUGGCCGGCUGCUUCGGUGCACGGGAACCCCUUCGUCUCCGAAUCGCAUCCACCCUGGACUGGCAGCGGAGCUUCUUCCCACCCUCCUGUGUGGGACUCAAAGGAUACUGCUUACAACAAACCUGAGCAAAGUGCAAACCAACACAACUACUAUUCUGAUGUCAAUCACCAGCACUCUGGGACAAUGAAUGACCACAAGCCAGCCACUCCACUCAAUGCCAAGCCAUCCCCCUCAAAUGCCAAGGUGCAGUACAGCGCACAGCCCCAAAUGUACGACACUGCAUCUCGGAAGCUUGUGGCUGGGAACCGGGAGGUUGGCUUUAAACCUGGUGACCAGCCUUCAACAAAUUCUGCAGCCAUCCAGCCAGAGAUUCAGAGAAUCCUCCACGUUAUGGGGGAGGCUGAACAGCUGGGGCAAGAGGUGGAUGAAUUUGUAGGAAAAAAGACAGAUAAAUCCUACCGGCUUCUGGAGGAGAUGUUGACCAAGCUGCUGUUGGAACUGGAUUCCAUCGAGACUGGUGGCCAGGACAGUGUUCGGCAGGCCAGGAAAGAGUCCGUCCACAGAAUUCAGGCCAUACUGGAAAAACUGGAAAGAAAGGGAUUGUGAAAGCACAUCAGCCACAACACACAGCCUGUUGUUGAGGUUCCAAAGAGUUUUAGUUCUGUUAAAUCUCAGCUCUUUCUGCUACGCACUAUUGACAAUGGAAUAGCAAUAAGCCCUGAGUUAAAAAAAACAAAACGAAACAAAACCACCAAAAAAACAACCUCAGAAGCCCAGCCCCAACAAAUAAUUUGGCAGUGGACAAAUUAAGAGAGGUCUGAAGCAGCAAACUGAAUUGUUUGUUUGUUCCAGGCUUUGGAAAAGCAGAACCACCUGAGGUACUUACCCUGUAGAGUUCUCCGUUGGGGUCCGCAUCCUCUUCAUCAGCAGGAAGAAAAUCACUGUACAAAGUUCCCCAAACCAGGCCCAAUCUAUAGGUGCCUCCUGCAGCCUCAGCAGUUCUUUAAGCCGGAACACUUGUCAGAUGUGGUCACAACGGCACUGCAAUGUGCAGCCACAAACCAAGACUCUGGGCUUGUCAGUCACUGCGUGUAUUUUCAGCUUCAGCUUCCUCGCCAUAAAAACUUGUGCGUCGUCGUGGGGUUUUGUUUGGUUUUAGUGCACUCAAGUAGCAACACUGAAGUGCUGCAGAAAGGGACCAUGCUGGCAGCCCAUCAAUGCAAGCAGAUGUCAUGUUGUGCUGUUCCUCCUCUGUCAUGAAGAGCCAGUCCAUGGUGUCCCCCAUGGACACGGGAACACAGCCUGGAAAUCUUAGUUCUGCCACUCAAAAGGAUAGGUAGAAGCAGAGGAACGAUGUCAAAGCAGAGCAACUGGAAAUGGCAGGAUGCUUGGAAAUGCUUUCCAGGUCACUUGGGUAAAAAUCCACUUUUUAAUUGUAAUGUCCUUCCACAUACUGCAAGUUUUGUAUUCCACUGCAAAGGCCAUACUUGUGGCACUGUACAGU